GUGGUAAAGAACCCUUUGCUGGCAACACGAACCAAUGGAACUGAUAGCUCGUCACCUGAUGUGACUUUCUCACGUUCGGUGACUGUUGAUAAUUGGUUCCCUACACCGUAUAUGGAUUCUGAUCACAGUUUGAUCAGCUACACCAUUGCGAUAGGUGAAGGCGAACUUAGCGUGACUAAUACAUUCCCGCACCGCAAAUCUGCAACGUAUGCACUCGGAAAGGCUGAUUGGCCCAAGUUC